GCUAUAUAUAGCUUGUAGGAACUUGUGCAUAUAUCACAACCCUCUUAUCUUAUGUAUACUCUUUUAUUAGAGACAAUUGAUAGAUUUGUUUUUCAGUGUCACUUGGCCUAAAAGCUCACAAUGUCUCUCGUUCUCUCUCUUUGCUUGGUCUUCCUUUGUUCUCUUGUUCAUGGUUCUCAUAGCUUACCAGCACAACGGACUCCUCAUCUUGAUGGGCUUCUCCCAAAUGGGAACUUUGAGCAAAUUCCUAACAAAUCAAACAUGAGAAAGAGGCAAAUAAUUGGCAAAUACUCUCUUCCACAUUGGGAAAUCUCCGGCCACGUAGAGCUAGUCUCUGGCGGUCCACAGCCCGGUGGUUUUUACUUCGCAGUGCCACGUGGAGUCCACGCAGCUAGGCUAGGGAACUUAGCAUCAAUAUCUCAGUAUGUGAAAGUGAAAAGCGGCUUGGUCUAUUCUCUAACGUUUGGUGUCACGAGGACUUGUGCUCAAGACGAGAACAUCAGAAUCUCUGUGCCUGGUCAGACCAAUGAGCUACCAAUCCAAACAUUGUUCAGUACCAACGGUGGUGAUACGUACGCAUGGGCUUUUAAGGCAACGUCUGACUUGGUUAAGGUCACUUUUUAUAAUCCUGGUGUUCAAGAAGACCCUACUUGUGGCCCAAUCGUUGACGCUGUUGCCAUUAAGGAGAUUCUUCCUCUCCGGUAUACCAAAGGGAACCUUGUGAAAAACGGCGGAUUUGAGACCGGUCCACACGUAUUCAGCAACUUCUCUACCGGAAUUUUAAUUCCGGCGAAGAUACAAGACCUAAUCUCACCGCUUCCGGGAUGGAUCGUCGAAUCUCUAAAACCGGUUAAGUACAUCGAUAACCGCCACUUCAAGGUUCCCUCAGGUCUCGCAGCAAUCGAGCUUGUUGCCGGAAGAGAAAGCGCAAUCGCUCAGAUCAUCCGUACCGUCUCCGGUAAAAACUACAUUCUCUCGUUUGUUGUGGGAGACGCACACAAUGGUUGUCACGGAUCGAUGAUGGUGGAGGCGUUUGCGGGAAUAUCGGCGUUUAAGGUUACAUUCGAAUCUAAUGAUAAAGGAGCGUUCAAAGUGGGGCGUUUCGCGUUUCGUGCCGAUUCGAAUCGCACAAGGAUAACUUUCUAUAGUGGGUUUUAUCAUACCAAGCUUCAUGAUUUUGGACAUCUUUGUGGGCCUGUGCUUGAUAAUGUUAGUGUUUUUUUGGCCCAUUAAAUUAUUACAAAAGUAAAAUAAAUAUUGUUCGAUUUCAAUUAUAUAAUUUUCUAUACUUCUGUAAAAAGGUCGUUAAGAAACUGAUAUUCAAAAAAUAUCGAUAUUCAUAUUUCUUGAUCCAAAAAAUAUUGCAUUGUAUUUAUAUAUAUCU